AUGUCCGCUGCUGAGGACCACCAUGAAUAUCCUGAAGAUUGCCGGUCGGUGGCAUCCCAGCACAGCGACGAAACUUUGCAAGGCCAGGAAUACGAAGAGGCUCGCCAAGAUAGGCCCCGUGUUCGGUUUCGAUCACGACAGAACAACGGAGACGACGCAGAUACCUUGGCCAAUAAACGUGUAGAAAGUCGUGAUCAUGCUCGACCACCUUUCCGGUCACCACCCGAAGCAGAAGACCGCCAACAUCAAGAACGACGGCCAUCAGAAGAUGUAGCGGAAGCUGGGCGACUCCAACGCGUCGGCGCUGACUUAGAAAAGCAACAGAAACAGACGAAUCCUGGUAAGCGUACGGACAGAGGAACCGACGAGAAGGAUGAGGACAAAGAAUCUGGAAAGACAAGAAGAGGGUUCGGACUUGGGGCAAAGAUCAAGAAGCUUUGGGAUAUUGAGAAGGCGCGAGCGUUGGCUACGAAACUAGGCCGCGAACCACAUCACGGGGAUGGACUGACCUCGUCGAUUCAGGAAAAGACUUGGGCGGGUGACGGAAACGCACCAGUAUCGGAUCUUACAGACGACCAUCGAAAGACCGAAGAGGAUCGCCAAAGAGACCAGGCUCAUUCAACAUCUGAAGCGCAUCGAUUAGUCCGCGAGAUGACACAGCACCAUACUGAACAAAGAACCCGUCCUCGACCUAGACAUGGAUCAGAGGCUGGGCAGCCAACUCCUUCUGGUGGUGAAUCGGAAGAAGCCAUGACAAGAAUGAGCGGAGGAGGUGUCUUGGGAAAUUUACUCAAACUAUAUGGUCAACAGCAGCAACAAGGACAAGACAGUCGUACCGGCAGUACCAGUACAGAUGCUGACUCCGAUAUAUCACGAUCUCCAGGCUGGGCUACUCCGACAUCAGGAGUAUCAACACCAAAAAGAGAAAAGGUGAAAUGGUACAACAAAGACAAGAACAAGUCAACAAGCUCACUAAUCGGUGCUGCAUCACAUUUGACAGCCGCAGGAGCGGCAAACCACUCAAAUCGAAUGAUGUCAGCUGCAUCCAAGCGGCGUAAGCAAGGUGGAAAGCCGAGACUGGAGGAUGAAAUUCGAGUAACGGUUCAUAUAGCAGAGAUUAUUGCUCGUCAUAGGUUUCUCAUGGGAUUAUGCCGUGCUUUGAUGAAGUUUGGGGCGCCGACUCAUCGUCUGGAAGAGUAUAUGCAGAUGACCGCGCGGGUUCUCGAAGUCGAUGCACAGUUUUUGUACCUGCCAGGUUGCAUGAUUGUAGCGUUUGACGAUUCAACAACACGAACCACAGAGUUCAAAUUAGUCCGCGUCGCUCAGGGUGUUGAUCUCAGUCGGUUGGCCGACACUCACAGCGUGUACAAGAAUGUGGUUCACGAUAUGAUUGGAGUAGAGGAGGCGACCAAGCAGUUGGAAGAAAUCAUGAAUCGCAAGCCUAGAUUUCCAACAUGGUUUUUGGUGUUCAUGUAUGGCUUGGCUAGUGCCACAGUUGGGCCAUUUGCUUUUCAAGCACGACCCAUUGACAUGCCCAUAUCCUUCCUACUGGGAUGCAUGUUGGGCUUCAUGCAGCUUGUAAUGGCACAAAAGUCGGCGCUAUAUUCGAAUGUUUUCGAAGUGUGUGCAACAGUUCUGACUUCGUUUUUUGCGCGAGCUUUUGGAAGCAUUCGAUGGGGAAUUAUCGAUGGCAAACAACAGUAUCUAUUUUGUUUCUCAGGCAUCGCUCAGUCCGCCAUUGCUCUUAUUUUACCCGGUUUCUUGGUUCUCUGCAGCAGUUUGGAGCUUCAAUCCCAUCAAAUGAUUGCUGGGUCGAUACGGAUGGUCUAUGCUAUCAUCUACUCACUCUUCCUUGGAUAUGGUAUCACUGUUGGUGUCACGAUUUACGGCUUGAUGGAUGUCAAUGCAAAUUCCAACACAAGCUGUCCGCCGUGGCCCAUCAGCAAUCCAUAUAUUCAGCGAUUCCCGUUUGUCGUUGCAAUGACUAUCUGGAUUGUUGUUAUCAAUCAAGGCAAAUUCAAGCAAGCACCCGUCAUGAUGGUCAUAGCAUUUGUUGGCUAUGUAGUCAAUUACUUCAGCACGAAGCGAAUUGGAAGCAAUUCAGAGGUCGCCAACACGUUGGGUGCUUUCGUCAUUGGUAUUUUGGGAAAUCUCUAUAGCAGACUCUGGCAUGGCCACGCCGCAACUGCGAUUCUUCCUGCCAUAUUCGUUCUUGUGCCUUCUGGUCUUGCCGCGUCAGGAUCUCUGAUAUCUGGCAUUGCUUCCGCCGAUCAGAUCAGAAGCAAUGUCUCCACGCCAAAGAACCAGACUAGUACUGGGGGAGGAGGAGAACCGGGAGUGGUUUCAGCGACCUCGAAUACAUCGGUGUUUAAUCUUGGAUUUGGUAUGGUUCAGGUCGCUAUUGGUAUCACAGUUGGAUUAUUCAUGGCGGCAUUGGUUGUGUAUCCUUUUGGCAAGAGACGGAGUGGACUGUUCAGUUUUUGA